AUGCGGGUCUCAGCAACGUUCAUAGACCUUCCAGCCCCGGAUAUUCAUCCGGGGGUUCCCAAAAACGUCCUUGAGGGUCAAAUAUUUAACCACGAGGAUGUCGCUGUAGAAACAGCCCCUCCUUCCCUUCCGUGGGAGCGCCUGGCCACCGGCAACAUCACACUGAGUGAGAAGGAAGUUCCGUCUCCAUCUUUACAAGUAGUUCCACAACACCACAAUCCGAGCAACGGCGAUGGACUUGGACUCGACGGCCAAAUGGAGAAUGUCGUCGCCACUCCGUCUUCCAACCGAACUCGGUCUGGCCGCUCUGUACAAAAGCCAACGCCCCAUACAGUUGAGAAAACGGCGACGAAGCAAUAUUCUACAUCCGCAAAAUCAUCAACAAAGAAGCGACAGCGCACGAAAAGUCAGGUAAAUAUCCUGUGCAUCAAGUGCAACCGAGGAAACAGCCCUUCAAACAAUUUGAUUGUUCUAUGCGACGAAUGUGACACUCCCUGGCAUCAGAAGUGCCAUGAUCCAAAGAUUGGCAAUGAAGUCAUUGAGACCUUGGAAGCUGAAUGGGCUUGCAGCGAGUGCCGACCUGAGCAACGUUCAGCAAAACGCCAAAAGCAGACCUCAGCUCGCGGCCGUAAGCCAGCAACGAAGCGGUCUCCUAGGACUACAUCUGGUGUUCAAACUCCUUUUCGAUCACAUAAUCCUUUGGAGCAGCAGCCGCUGGUUAUGCCCACGGCAGGUGCUAUUCGAGCCAAGUCUCGAGUCGGAGGAGAGGCCUUGUCGGAGCAGGAGCGACGAACUUACUUGACAUCUCUUUCGCACGUGGAAUUAGUCGAACUCCUCUUGGAUGUCUCCAAUAAUUUCCCUCGCUUCCCUAUGUUCCCUUCAUAUCCACAAGAGGGCUAUCGGGAGUCGGGUGAACCUUCUCGACCUGCAACUGCUCCUGAGGCCCCAUCAACGACAACCAAAGCCAGCCCGAAUAAUGAAGAUCGCGCUGUCUCUGUCACGUUUGGGACUCCGAAUUCUGACAAAAUAUCAAGACUAUCACCCCGGCCUACACAUACCACCCCAGGCAGGCGCACUCGUUCAACCACAGCUUCCCCAGACAUAUCCUCCGACUCCACCUUGAAAGCUCUCAAGGCCGCCAAAGCUGCAAGGUUAUAUCCAAGCCGCAAUUUUGAUCAUGGACCUGAAGCCCCGCGGCUGUCUGCUUCUCUUUUCCGAGAAGCUGAGUUCACAAGAUCUCCUUUCAAGUCACCCUCGCCGCGUGUACUACUUGCUUUGGACCCUACUUAUAAGGAUGACCCUCGAUCGACUCCCGCCGGGGAAGAAACUGAAUUCCAGUUGCACACCCCGCAAAUGGUCCAAGCUAAGAGACUUAUGCGCCCACCUUCGCCGGUGUCAUUCUCCGAGAACGAGUCCGAGAAUGAUUCCGAGGAUUAUCGUUCUUACGCUGAUGCUGGUGAAGGCUUUUGUGCCUCUCUGGAUGCCAAUGAUCGGGAUAUCAUGGCUGAAGCUGAGAACUAUCCUACUUUCAGCCAUCAGAUCGGUGGAAAAUUCGGGCAGGCUAAGAGUCUUACGAAGGCUUAG